AUGUCGAGAUCCGCUCUUGCGCUUCUAUCGUUGCUGGCAGCGGCUAAAGCCCAGCAGGUGGGGACUCAGCAGACCGAGACUCACCCAAAGAUCACUUGGUCCAAGUGCACAGGGUCGGGUGGAAGCUGCACUUCGACCAAUGCUGAAGUUGUCAUUGACUCCAACUGGCGCUGGCUCCACUCCACGAGCGGAACCGACAACUGCUACGAUGGUAACAAAUGGACGUCUGUCUGCAGCACAGGCGACGCUUGUGCCCAGAAGUGCGCGCUCGAGGGCGCGGACUACAGUGGUACCUACGGCGCGUCGACGAGCGGAAACGCGCUGACCCUCAAGUUCUUGACCAAGCACCAGUACGGAACCAACAUCGGGUCCCGAUUCUACCUCAUGGCUGGAACAAGCUCGUCCAAGUAUCAGAUGUUCACAUUGAUGGGCAACGAAUUCGCCUUCGAUGUCGACCUGUCUACUGUUGAGUGCGGUCUCAAUGCCGCGCUUUACUUCGUGGCUAUGGACGAGGAUGGCGGUAUGUCCAAGUUCUCCAACAACAAGGCUGGCGCGAAGUACGGUGUCGGCUAUUGUGAUGCCCAAUGCGCUCGCGACCUGAAGUUUGUUGGUGGCAAGGCCAACGUGGAGGGCUGGGCUCCCUCGACAAACGAUGCCAACGCAGGUGUCGGACCUUACGGCGGUUGCUGUGCCGAGAUUGAUGUCUGGGAGAGCAACUCUCACUCAUACGCACUGACGCCUCACCCGUGCACUGACAACUCAUAUCACGUCUGCGAGAAAGAUACCUGCGGCGGCACAUACUCUGAGGAUCGCUUUGCUGGAAACUGCGAUGCCAACGGCUGCGAUUACAACCCCUACAGAAUGGGAAACAAGGACUUCUACGGAAAGGGAAAGACAGUUGACACCAGCAAGAAAUUCACCGUUGUGACCCGCUUCGAGCAGAACAAGGUUUCCCAGUUUUUCGUUCAAGACGGCAAGACUAUCCAGAUCCCAGCUCCAACGGAUACUAGCAUCUCAUCCAGCAGCAACAUCACCCCCGAGUUCUGCACAAACCAGUUCAAGGCUUUCGGCGACCGCGACCGCUUUUCAGAGGUCGGCGGGUUCCCCCAGCUCAACCAGGCUCUGCAGAAGCCCAUGGUCCUGGUAAUGUCUAUCUGGGACGAUCACUACGCCAACAUGCUCUGGCUGGACUCCAGCUACCCACCCGAGAAGGCUGGAACCCCCGGCGGCGACCGUGGCGACUGCCCUCAGUCGUCCGGUGUACCAUCUGAUGUCGAAUCCCAAUACGCCAGCGCUCAGGUGGUCUGGUCGAACAUUCGGUUCGGCCCUGUGGGAUCGACUGUCAAGGUUUAA